UCCCGCGCCGGAGUCGGGGCCGCCGGGGCUGCUCGGGGCUGCGUCGCCGUCGCCGCGUCCGCGCCGUGCAGUGCUGAACUGCAAGUCGAUCGAUACCAGUAAUUUAAGUCACUUCAGCUCAAAUGGAAAAGUAUGAAAAAUUGGCCAAGAUUGGAGAAGGGUCUUAUGGAGUUGUAUUCAAAUGCAGAAACAAAACCUCUGGACAAGUGGUAGCUAUCAAAAGAUUUGUGGAAUCCGAAGACGAUCCUGUGGUUAAGAAAAUAGCUCUACGAGAAAUACGUAUGUUGAAGCAAUUAAAACACCCGAACCUCGUGAACCUCAUUGAAGUGUUCAGGAGAAAAAGGAAAAUGCAUUUAGUUUUCGAAUACUGUGAUCAUACACUACUAAAUGAGCUGGAAAGAAACCCAAAUGGAAUUGCUGAUGGAGUGAUCAAAAGUGUUUUAUGGCAAACACUUCAAGCUCUUAAUUUCUGCCAUAAACAUAACUGUAUUCACAGAGAUGUGAAACCUGAAAAUAUUCUAAUAACUAAGAAAGGAAUAAUCAAGAUCUGUGACUUUGGGUUUGCACGAAUUCUGAUUCCAGGAGAUGCCUACACUGACUAUGUCGCUACAAGGUGGUACCGAGCUCCUGAACUUCUUGUGGGAGAUACUCAGUAUGGUUCUUCCAUCGACAUUUGGGCUACAGGUUGCGUUUUUGCAGAGCUAUUGAUGGGCCAGCCACUCUGGCCUGGAAAAUCAGAUGUGGACCAGCUUUAUCUGAUAAUCAGAACACUGGGGAAACUAAUCCCAAGACAUCAAUCCAUCUUUAAAAGCAACCAGUUUUUCCAUGGCAUCAGUAUUCCUGAACCAGAAGACGUGGAAACUCUUGAAGAAAAGUUCUCAGAUGCUCAUCCUGUGGCUUUGAAUUUCAUGAAGGAGUGUCUGCAGAUGAAUCCAGAUGACAGGUUAACCUGUGCCCAACUCCUGGAGAGCCCCUACUUUGAUUCUUUUCGAGAGGACCAAAUGAAAAGAAAAGCACGUAAUGAAGGAAGAAACAGAAGGCGUCAGCAGAAUCAACUGUUGCCUCUCAUACCAGGAAGCCACAGCUCCCCCACACCUGAUGGAAGAAAACAAGUCCUCCAGUUAAAAUUUGAUCAUCUUCCAAACAUUUAGGAAAAUGCGCUUUCAAGUGGAAAGUAAUUUAAUACGUGCACACUUUUUAUACAAGAGAGAUACGGAUUCUCAGUGUUUCAAAUGCAGAUGAGCCAUAUGAAAAUUAAGAUGCUUUCUAGAAUUGUUUUGCUCUGAUCAUUACUGAUUCCUCUGCCCAUGCUUUUUACAUGCCAACUUUAUCUUUUACAACAUUUUCUUUAAAUGUUAUACAGUCUGAAACUGCACAUAUGGAGGAGACAUUUUCAAUUUCAUCAGAGCAGCUCCUCUUGAGGCAAUUUGUACUGAGAAUCUGUGGGCUUAUACUUGGAUUUAUGAAAAAGGUUUACAUAUGCCAUCUCACUCCAGCUGACCAUGUAAUGUCUCAGAGCAAUAUCAAAUAGCUUGCCUAGCUGUUGUUUGUGUAAGGAACCUCAUUAUGUUUCUGCAUUUUAAUUUACUCUCAUUGUAACCAGGCCUGUUGAGUAAUGCUGGCAUUUAAUUCUAUGUUUUUAUAUUGGUGUAGAAAGGGAACCUUGAAAUGUCGACUAGGUUUAUCCCUUAAUUCCAGGGCAGACUCCACAUUCUCUGUCUCCUAAGACAUUGAUGAUUCUAUUUUUUAAAGCUAGCUAGAGAAAAAUCCAUACAUUUACAUAGAAAAUAGUGGUGAAUGACAGGGGAUUACCAUCCUCAUGACAUAACACCCUCGGAGAAUUCACUGCUGACUCUCCUGCUGUCCUUUGAUACCUCACUGUUCCUUACCCUUUUCUUCUCCUCCUAAAUCAUCUCAGUACCUAAACCUAGCCUCCAGUAUGUUUUCUAAAUAGUUCACAGUCAACACUCUUCCAAACAUGUGCAUCCAUCUAUAAAUUUUACAGCCCUAAAUUUGUGCAUCAUGGAAAUUCAGGUUUGUAAACACUUCUGAAAGCAAGAAGACCAUCUUUCAGUUAACUUCAUUUUAUGUCUCUUACCCAAAAAAGGGGGCACAAACAAGCAAAACACCUUAACAGGUGAGUCUAAUUUAUGUUGGGACACUUUCCCAAGUAAACUUUACUUGCAUACAUAUAUACAUAUAUGUAAAUAUAUGUUUAUAAUUAGAAUUUUUGAAGCAUCAUAGUAAAUGCCUUUUAUCCUGGACAUCUGCAAGUGAUGCAGAAUGUUUGAAAGUACUUUUAGCUUGCUAACAAGGAGCUCAUGCUAAAUAACAGCAUGGGGCUGUGUAUCGCUGUCUGGUGUAAAGGCACAAACUGGUGAUAUUUCCAUCAAUAAAUAUUAAGAUUAUUUCAUUAACUCUUUUCUGCUCCUGGGUCUGGCAUGCUCCCCCUGAACACUGUCAAAUUUUGCAAAUACACAUAAUUUUAGAAAUUCCUUGUAUCUGGCACCAAGAUACCAAGCAUAAAUUGUUUCAAGAAAACACAGUUCCACCUUACGUUCAUCUCUGAAAGUCUGGUGCACAUAUAAAUGUGGUUCUGUAAACUUCCAGACACCCUCAUUCAGUAGCUUGAGUACAUCUCUUUAUUAGGAAAAAUGGCACCUAAACAAUCGUUCCUUGCUCACUAGAAGGAUAUUUUAAGCGGGCUUAUUUGGCCAUUUAAUGUUCUUAGUGUGAAUGUAAGCUGCUAGAAUCUUCUUAUUUUCAUCUUAUUAUCAGAAUAUGCCUCUUCAGAUUUGUAUGUUUCUUGCAUUUUUAGUAAGAUGAUACCACAGGUGCAAGGAAAAUGAGAAAUAAAAGAUAAGUGGCAACUUUGCUGAAAGAUUUCUUUUUAGCUUUCACAGUGGGUUUUUUAUUUUUAUCAUUUAAUUUUUGUUAUUGCCAAACAACUCAUGCUGCUCCAGCUCUCUUAAAUGUGUGUAUGUGUACAUAUAUAUAUAUAUAAUAUGUAACAUAUAUACACACACAUAUGCAGAAAGUAAGAAGACAGCCCAAGACUCCAUUAUCCAUUUUGUAAUUGUGCUUCAAACAACAGUGGAGUUUUUGGCAGGGGUUAGUAGAGUGUAUUCCCUUAAUUUUUGCUUACAUUUAAGAAUCAAUUCAAGCUAGAUUUCACUCAGUUUUUUCCCUUAGACAAAUUCAACAUUUAGGUAUCAGUGGGGAGAGGAGAGGAGAAAGCAUCUAAUGCUUAGAAAAAUGUUCUCAUGCACUCCUGUUACCGUGAAGAAAAGGCGUCCCUGAUGACAUCUGCGUGCUUCACUUCCCUGGGCGACCCAGGACCGGCGCGCCGCAGCUGCUGGCACCGCAGGAGCACACAUCUCCAAGCAUGGCUCUUUUCUCUUUGAAGAGCGUCUUCUCACCUCCAUACUCCACAGAUUCCCUUGCAUUUCUCAGCCACAUGGAAGACAGUUGCACUAAGCCCCAAAUUAAGCAGUGACGUUUGUAAAAGUCGUCCUGAGCCAGUAGGCUUGCCCCAAGCUCUUCAGAGAAGCCCACACGACUCUAGAACCACAAGUUUCCUUUUACAGUCUUGCACAGUUUCUGGCUUUCCUGGGACUUGUCUCACCCAUGCCAGCUUCCAAGCUUUUAAGUUUAUUUGUAGAGCUCUUUGCCAUUGCUGCCCAAAUACUGCACCAUCAUGGUGAGUGACCGGCCCCAAUACCCCCUUUCUCCACCUCAGUGUGACCUCUUGCCAUCCUGGUUUCCUCAGCCUUUCCACACACGUGUACUGGGAAAUCCACGCUGUUCUUUUCUUCCUUUCUUUCUUAUAUUUAUUUUUUGCGAAGCACUUUACAGAGGAUUAAAAAUGCAGAACUUACUUCUUGUUAGUGCUCCUGCUUCUUUAGGGAAGAAGGAAGUACACCCAAAGAAAGGACAUUUGAUUCGACUAUAUCAGCACCGUAAGCCUAUUUGCUUGGAUUUUUGUCUUCGUGUCCGUUUCAGUUCUGGUGGUAUUUGAAUGUAAUUGCUCCGACUUGCCCCAACCACAAAGCCCUGUGGGGGUGGGGGGUCGCUUUCUGAGGAUGAUUUUAACUAGGCCAAGUCAUUUAAAAAGGUGUGUUCAAUACAAAACAGAAACAGACUCAUAGACAUAGAAUACACACUUGUGGUUGCCAAGGGGGCGGAGGGUGGGAAGGGAUAGAUGGGAUUUCAAAAUUGUAGAAUUGAUAAACAAGAUUAUACUGUAUAGCACAGGGAAAUACACACGAGAUCUUAUGGUAGCUCACAGAGAAAAAAAUGUGACAAUGAAUAUAUGUAUGUUCAUGUAUAACUGAAAACUUGUGCUCUACACUGGAAUUUGACACAACAUUGUAAAAUGAUUAUAAAGCAAUAAAACAUGUUUAAAAAUUUUUUAAAAAUUAAAAAAAAAAAGGUGUGUUCAAGAAGCUUUUGAUGCCUUGGAUGAGGGAGAUGAUUGAGUAAAUAGUUAAAAAAAAGAAAAAAGCUCCCAGGCAGGCAAUGAAGAGAGGAGCGGCAAGGAGAUCUGCCCUCUCCUAAGGCAGGUCUCACUGCUCUUGCAGAUUCCCCAAACCACAGGACAGCAGACAAUUAAUGCUGUUUUUAAUGAGAUGAAAAACUUUUAAGAUGUUUUACGGUCCUUUUGUAUACUUGCCAUAGAAUUACGAUCUUUUCAAAAAGAUGACACUUUCUUAGUCAUUUGUCACCACCAAUGAUUUCCAGUCCUGAUUUUGGAACAAUUUAAAUGGCAACAGAAUUCUCCAAAACAAAUUUUUUUUUAAACUAAAACAUACUACCAAAAGAGGAAUGAUCCUAAAAUUCCACAGACAGUAAAAUCUUGAAAAAAUUGGAGUAUCAGUGUAAGGUAUUAGCUAAAUCACAAAUACACAGAUUUUUAAUGCAGAUAGUUAAGAAAAAUAAAAAAUGGCACUCACAAGUUAAUGUUCUGGGCAUGUGUGUGUAUUUGUUCCCUAUUAAAACCAUUAACUCAACAACUUCAGUCUUGUUUUAAGAGAAGACUGGAAGUCUUUAAGAGUGGGAGUUCAGAGAAUAACAGAAGUAUCAUUUGGUCUGGGAGUUAGGGCACCGGGUUCCAGGCCUGGCCUGCGACUCUCUAUGUAGCCUGGUCACAACAUGUAACUUUUCCGCGCCUUCUAUUUCCUCAUUUGUAAAAUUAGAGAGUAGGUAAGUUAGGGGGUUUCAUAGGCUUCCCUUCAGCUCUAAACUUCUGUGAUUCUCUGCAGCACAUGCGUUUGUGUCCUGGACCCAUCUCCCACCAGGAGAGGCUUUCUAGAGAGUGUUUAACAAUACCAAGAUGAGUGUUGGCGUUGACGAUCUAGCCAGGAGCCGGGGGAUCUCCCUCCCUCCCUCUCUCUCCCUCCCUCUCUCUCUCCCUCUCUCCUGUCUCGCUCGCCUUCCUUCACACUCAGACACAUGCACCAUCACCUCCACCCAUUUCUAUCAAGUCAGUAGCAGUUUGCAGACAACCACCUAACAGCGGUUAAAUUUUUACAAACGAAAGUGGAUUUUAAAGCUCAUUAUCACUGGAUUUUAAUUAAUGUAAAUCAAACAGGUGUGCUUUCAAAAUGCAGGGUAAUAUGUAAUCAUUCAUUGCUGGUUUAAUCUAACUCCAAUUAGCCUGGGAAUGACAUAUGCUGUGAAAUACUCAUUUAAGAUAUCCAUUAAAGCAAAGAACACUCAGGACAUUUCUAACUUCAGUAAAAGUUUUAGUAGUUUCAAUAAAUGAUAGAUGACUUGAUAGAACUCUAUGAUUAGAUCUAAAUUAUAUCUGUUUUAUAUUUCAGCAACAAGGACCCAGGCUCAGUUAACUUUAUGUUUAACUUAUAAUUUAAAGUUUGUAAUCGAGCUGAGAAUUGGCUAUCCUAUUUAACUGAUAUAUAAAUGACUUGUAUUUAUAAAGUUAACAUCCUUCUUUUCUGUUGUGAACACUAGUCACUGACCAUCUCUAAAUAUUGUCACAUUGAAGAUGCUGUGUGUGUCUACUUAGGAUUUUAGAACAGAUUUGUAUACAAGCAAGUCUAGUUCAAAUCACAUGAAAUUAUAGCUAUAUUUCAAUUAGCACUUGAUAAUUAACAUAAUGGCAAUUUACAGUACUAGGAACAAUUCACUACAAAGCAGUUUUAGUUGUAUUAUUUUAAAUAUGUAUAAUUUGUUAAAUUUAUCUCAAGAUAUGUAGAAAACCUACAUAUGGGAUUAAAUACUUUGGUGACUUUAUAGUUGAAUAUAUAAC